GCUAAGUGAAAUAUAAGCUUCACUUAUAUUUUGGACGGAUACCACAGUUUCUAUUGCUGUAAUUGCGGAAAUUUCGGCAGUGGUAGUACCUUGUUUGUGCAAAGCUGAAACCAAAACUGAUGUGCGUGGGUUUUGACGUAUUGAAGUGACAUCUUUGCGCGGUAUAUUGCGCUCGAAAGUUGGAAAACAUGGAAAUGCUUCCUUGGAAGUCGAAUGUCUGAAGUUCACUUUUAUCGUAUUCAAGGUUCAUUAGUGGUUGGUGUAUCUUUUUGAGUAAAUCAAACUCUCUUUACUUCAUCCCAUUUAUACAUCAAAAUCGGACGUUAUAUAUAUAUUGUCGAUAUUAUUCUGUGGAAAUGCUAUGUCAUUAUGGCGCCUGUAUCUUCAAUAACAUGAGAGAUGUCUUCGUUUACAAAACUCUGAAGUGAGAUUUUAUUUCUUCGCUGCGGUUUUAAACACUCACCCUAAGCUCUCGAUAUGGGAGAUGGAACUGUAGAAGCCGUAUUUCCUUAUUCUUACCAAGCUGGCGAUGGAAGAGUCAUCGAAUUUGAAACAGGAGAUCGGUUUACAUUGCUCAACAAGACCAACGUCGAUUGGUGGCAAGUUACGAGGAAGGAUACUACUGAGGAAAAACCUAUGUACGUUCCCGCGUCUUAUAUGAAAGAAAUUACCCCAGGAAGAAGAGAUCCGAUUUACGAAAACGUGGAAAAGUUUGAUCAUCAUGAGACUUGUAAUGGAGCAGGUAGCAAAGAGAAUGUCUCGACGAGCGAUAUGCGUAGUUGCCAUUCGAUCACAGGGAACUCACAAGUUUCAAACGAUGCCAAUUGUUCCGAUUAUCCAGCUUGCAACAACGGAACUGGAGACGAAAAUGCAAGUAACGCCUCUAGAGCUUUAAACGAUUUUAAUGGUGUUACAAAUGGUUCUUCAAGGGUCAACCCAUUGGCAAAAUCUCUGGAAUCGUCUGGAAACUUCUCAUCACCUAGAAAAGAGAGACCUAAAUCGCAGUCACUACCCACGGGUUGGGUUCAAGUAACUGAUGAAGCAAGUGGUAGAUUGUGUUAUUACAACACACAUACUGAGGAAAGAAGCUGGAAACCACCAAGGAUAUCACAAUCCAGGACUCCCCCACCAAAUGGGUGGCAGACACCACCAUUAGGAUGGCGAAUCUCACGCAGUGGUUCAACUGAUGAAUUGGUGUAUGUCAAUGAUUUCAAUGAUGAAGAGUGGAUGCCUUCAAAAGAUGAGGAAGGAAGAGAUUAUUAUUACCUCGUCAAUGGAAACACUGCACGUACAUCUUGGGAACUUCCUGAGCUUGAACCUGCCCGGCAGUCUUUUGAAGCACUGGAUGUCACAUACAGACGACGCUCACCAAAUCUCAGUCUUAGAACCUCAAAGUGUCAGUCUCUGCUGACAUCAAGCCCACGAAACUCUCAAGCAAAUCUUACCUUUCCUCCCCCCUCUAUGUCUGCUGCUGCUGUUCAUGGCUUUCCCCCACCACCACCCUUGGUUGGUUCUGAGCUGCGUUCAUCCCUCAAGGUUGCCAAAAGAUCUGCAUCUGUACAGUCUCGAGAGAGUGUGUCCUCAGCAGAUGAAUGGCCAACACCUCCAACUCCUUCAACAGAUUUUGUUGAUUUUUUUCAGGCAAUUGAAAAACAAGGGAUGCUGAACUGCAAGAAAUUAGUGGAAGGAGGUGGAAAGAAGGUCAAAAAGAUGUCAUGGACACCAACAUUUGUAAUACUCUUUUCAGCAAAUUUGGUUUUUUACAAGGACCAGAAAGCAGCAGCUCAGAAACCUGGUCACCCCCAGGGGAAACCACAGAGUUGUUGUCCUUUGCAAGGUGCAACACUUGAGUGGGGGAGCUCUUCUACCAAAAAGAAAAAUGCAUUCCAGAUCAAAGCAUUUUCCGGAGCAGUGUAUCUCCUUCAACAUGAUCACCAAGUGGAGGCCACAAACUGGUUUAGUGCCAUCUCUGGUGUUAUCAAGAAACUGAAUGAGGAAGAGCCAUUACCACCACAAACUCCUGUGCAAGAUCAACCACAACGAGGAGCUGACAAUGAUGUCGUCUCACAAGAACCUGGGACCCCAAUUUCUUUGCAGCCUGUUGAUCUGGUCCGAAUUCCAAGCAUUCAUAAAAGAGGUGUUGACCGAGAGGACAAAAGGAACAUGAGAGAAAAGCUGAGGAAAUUUCUCACUAAACGACCUCCAAUAGAGGAGCUGGAAAAGAAAGGAAUUAUUAAAGAAAGUGUAUUUGGCUGCCACAUUGCACAUCUUUGUGAAAGACAGAAAACAACAGUUCCUGUAUUUGUUAGCUCAUGCAUUGCUGCUAUUGAGAAGAGAGGUCUGUCAUUUGAUGGUCUCUACAGGGUGUGUGGUAAUGUCUCCACGGUGCAGAAGCUCAGAAUAAUGGUUGACCAAGAGGAGAAAGUGGUACUUGGUGAGCCACCUUUCGAUGACGUCCACGCCCUCACUGGAUCUCUAAAACUUUACUUUAGAGAGCUUCCAGAGCCUCUUAUUCCUUAUGACUUCUUUAGUGGAUUUGUAGAGGCAAUAAAGCAAAGCACACGAAAGAGCAAGCUAACUGCUAUGAGAUCUUUGGCUGUUCAGAUGCCGAAGGUCAAUGGGGAAACUCUUAAGUUAUUGCUGCGACAUUUGCGGAAGUUAAUGGAUCAGAGUGAAGAAAACCGUAUGAAUGCGCAAAAUCUAGCCAUUGUUUGGGGCCCAAAUCUCAUGUGGCCUCGCUAUGAUUCUGGAGACAUAGCAGUAAACAUGGUGCAUCAAAACCAAAUAAUAGAAUUUCUACUUUUGGAAUUUGACCAUGUGUUUAAAUAGUUGUUAACUUAUAACAGCAAAACAAGUAUUUUUCAGCAGAAUAUUGUAGUAGUAGUAGUUGGCAUUUAGGUACAUACAGCCUAUUACAUUAGUAUGUAGUGCAUACUAGUGUGGUAUGUCACUACAGCAGGUCAGAGUUAUGGCUUUUUAGUAUGUGACAAGAUGAGUAUUUUUUUUUUUUGCAGUUUUAGAAAGAGGAAACAGUUUUAUGUACUUACAUUGCAAGAGUCAUUUUGUUUCCCUUCUUGUGGGGGUGGUUUGGGUACAGUUCUCAGAGUGCUCCAUUGUAUAUAAUGUAACUAAAACAACGGCAGUGAUCACAAUUCUUUUGUGUAAAUUGAAUUAAAUUUUAAUGCAAUGACUAAAUAUGUAUGAUCAGUUGGAGAAAACUGUUCAAUAGGCAUAGUGAAUGAUAAAAUUGAAAUCUUCUAUGAUUUUUACAUGAAUGAAAUCUAAGAGUGAUGGUAAAGGUGUAGCUUAAGAAGGCACCAGGCAUAGGCUGUACCAGGUGUCACUUGCCAUAGACAGGUAUCAAGAGUUGAAUGUGAGGAUCUUUGGUUGUCCCUUAGGUUACAAGAAUCAAAGAUUGCAACAACCUGCAACGGUUUGUGGCAUCAUAAUGAAUGUUUUGUAGGUGGAUGUUUUUAACUGAAAGUAUUGAGUAAACAUGGAUUUCGAAUAUUGGAUCAUUAUGGUGAAGACUGAGGAGGCCUUUGGCACUGCCUCCUUACUCCAAUUGUCCGGAAGAUGACGACUAAAACUUUUACUCUUUGCUUUAAUGAUCCGGGAGAAAAGUAAAUGUUUGAAACAGUCUGGAGAGAAACGGUCUUGAAAGAGUGUAUGCUGACUGUUCCUCUUUAGAACAAUAUGUUCACUGAAAAGAUCUGUGAAGAAAUAGACAACAAUCUUGUUUUGUCUUUGAAAUAGAUAUAGUCCUGAUCCAAAUUAGAUUUAGUACUUUAGUCUUAUUCUAUUGUACACGAGUUUUUAUUGUUACCAUCUCUUAACAUGAGAGUUGACAAAGUGGUCUGAUAUAACAUAUUGUCAAAAAUGCAGAGAUGAUUCAUCUAGUUGCUAACUGGGUGUAGGAGUAAUCGCUGUGGGUUGUAAUGAGAGAUUUAUAGUUGAUAGGGGUCAAUGAAUUAAUGUCAUCUUAGCGCUAAGAGUCAGCCAUUAUUUGAAUGGAUUUCAUAAAUGAUAAAAAUUCUUAAGUGUUAAAGUUUGAGGGGAUUUCACAUCCACAUAUGCAAGACAUGAUUUUUCGUGUAGGUUUAGUAAGCGUACUCAUGCCUUAAAAUAGGAAAUGUUUUGGAUAAGUCAUCCAAAAUGUGCAAAUGCUACUGUACAACUUUUUGUCUAUGGGGUGAUAUUUAUGCAUGCACUAAGAUAAUUUACUCUGAGAGAAUCUUUCUAAAUUUUGUCAAGUAAAAGUUACUUGGGCAAAAUCCCUUUUUUUUCAGAGUUUAAAGGCUUGGCCGCCAAGCUUCCGUGAACAAACGUUAGUAUCACUGGGCCACUAUAUUCUCCUGAAAUGGGUCUGCAAUGCGUGCUUGUGCACUGUCACUUGUUAUCUUUAGUGUUUGUGCAGAUAACAUACCAUAUGAAAGGAUCUCUUGUAUAUUAAGAGUGGUUAGUCCUUUGAUAUAAUUCAUCUGACACAGAACUUUCGUUUAGGAAAAUACAUUUUUAGAAAAAAAAGUGUUGCGAGUGAGGCUGAAAGGUAUUGUUGGUGUAUUUGUUAACUUUGUAGUAUUACGAGGCAAUGUGCAAAGUCACUGUGGACCUAUUUUUGGACUUCUGUUUAAUUACAAUGCCUAAGCACUACUCACGACAUUCAUAGCUGUUCAGACUUUGUAAUAACAAAGAUAUAUUUUUGCAUGUACGAUGUCAACAGCAGCAGCUUAAACAUUCAAUUUACCACCAUCAAAGAACGUUCAGUGAAAUAAAUUUAGG